UGUUGUGGGACAAAAUAUAAAUUCACAAGAGAAUGAAGUGUUGCGACAAGUUUGUAGUAGUGGCUGAAAACAAACGUUGGAGUCAGCUGAUGUUAGGUUUCCACGUUUGACCCGGGUCACCCUUCAACAAUGACCAUAAAAAUACGUCAGCAUUUAAAGUGGUCCUCAACUGACCCACGGAGGACCCGAUCGACCUCAGUUGUGGGAACAUCCCUGAACCGGAUCGCGUCACUGUAUCCAAUUUCUCAGAGGAUCAUUCCCCUUUAAGCAUCCAGUCCUCCUGGAAGACGCUCCAUUGUCUUAAGUCCACCCAUCUGUGGGGGUGGUUCUGCGAAAGUUUGCAGAGGAAAGUUUUGAAGCUGUCACUGGCGCUCGGCUGCAGACAGAUGGGGGGCAGACCGGACCGACACCCCUUAUCAGACCUCACUACUGACAUAUGAACGAGUCCACUGAAAAGACCAGAGAAUGCAACAAAGACGCGCCGUGGUAGCGCACGGUGGUUCGGGCCUGAACUGAGGAUGUUUGCUGUUGGGCAGUGUCACAGUUUGUGUUCAUUAUCGUAGCAGAGCCAGGCGUGCGCCCUUAGCCCAGAUGGGAAUGGUUUAAGUUGUCUGUAGACACUCUCCUGGCCAAAAACAUUAGAUGAGUUUCAGGUUCAAAACAACGUCCUGACAAAAUGACCCGUUUGAACUGCGGGCGUCACGCGGUUGGACCUGGAGUGAGUCCUCUUCUCCUUGGCAUCGCACUUUUGACCCUGCUGAGAAGCUGCACAACGUUAGGAUCAUCACAUGGAUCAGAGGGAUUACUGCAGGAUCUGCCUUCCUAUAAAGUGGUUCACCCCAUUAGAGUGGAUGCCAGAGGUCACUUCCUGUCCAACUUCCUGUCGCAUCAUGCUCGCCGAGUGCAGCGCAGGGAAACCUCAGAAGGAAGAGUGGACUCGGAUCAAGUCUUCUACCAGCUCUGGCACGACGGCCACAGACUGAACUUUAACCUCACCCUCAACUCACACCUGUUGGCCCCAGGCUUCCUGACAGAGAGGAGGUAUGGCGGCCUGAAGGGCUCCCAGAUCCGCCCUCCUACAUUCUCCCGGUGCCACUUCUUUGGUGAAGUGCGAGAUGGUGCUGCUGUGAAAGGAAACGCAGCCAUAAGUACAUGUGAUGGACUGACAGGACUGUUCAAGUUGUCUGAAGAAGAGUUCUUCAUUCAGCCCCUGGAGGAGUCAAGUGGCGAGAGCUCAACCCCACAGGCCCAUGCCAUCUAUAAACGCCACACAUCUCCUCCAGGCACUCGGCAAGUCUCAGGGAAACCAGCUCCCAGAGGAACCUGUGGCAUCAAAAAUUCUGUUAGUAUUGAUGACACUGAGCGACAGCGAGAGCGCUGGGAACGUCGCCAAGGGAGAAGGAGGAGAAGAAUUCAUCAACGCUCAGUCAGCAGAGAGAAGUGGGUGGAAACACUGGUGGUGGCAGACCCCAAAAUGGUGGAGUACCACGGGGGUAAGGCUGUGGAGGGCUACGUCCUGGCUGUCAUGAACAUUGUAGCAGGACUGUUCACAGAUGCCAGUAUUGGAAAUGCAAUUAACAUCGUGGUUGUUCGACUGAUUCUACUGGAGCAGGAUGAGGAUGAGCUGAAAAUCAGCCACCACGCCGACAACAGCCUGAACAGUUUCUGUAAGUGGCAGAAGAAACUCAACAUGAAGGGAGACGAUCACCCACUUCACCAUGAUGUCGCUGUCCUACUUACCCGGAAGGAUAUCUGUGCAGCCGUCAACAUGCCCUGUGAGACUCUGGGUCUGUCUCAUGUGGCAGGGAUGUGUCAACCACACCGCAGCUGCAGCAUCAGCGAGGACACGGGGCUCCCAUUGGCCUUCACUGUAGCACACGAGCUGGGUCACAACUUUGGUAUUCAGCACGAUGGAAACGGAAACGACUGUGAACCUGUUGGAAAACGACCGUUCGUCAUGUCUCCUCAGCUCCUGUACGGCACCUUCCUGCCCAGGUGGUCUCGCUGCAGCCGUCAGUACAUCACCCGCUUCCUAGACCGUGGCUGGGGUUCCUGUCUUGAUGACGCUCCGGGAAAAGAUAAGUUGUCACUGAACUUGGUGCUUCCUGGAGUCCUGUACACUGCCACACAUCAGUGCAGACUGCAGUACGGAUCUGGGUCUCGACUCUGCAACGAUGUGGAUAAUGUAUGCAGCACGCUGUGGUGCACAGUGGGAACAACCUGUCACUCAAAGCUGGAUGGAGCGGCGGAUGGAACCAGCUGUGGUGAGAACAAGUGGUGUUUCAGCGGGGAGUGUGUCUCACUGGGAGUUUUUCCUGAGAGUGUACACGGAGGCUGGGGAUCAUGGAGCGACUGGACGGCCUGUUCAAGGACAUGUGGUGUUAGUGUCCGCAGCGCUCAACGAGACUGUGACAACCCAACUCCUAGGCACAGAGGAAAGUAUUGUCUAGGAGAACGACGGCGGUAUAUGAUCUGUAAGAUGGCGCCUUGUCCUCAGGACACACCCAGAUUCAGAGACGUCCAGUGUGGUCACUUCAACAACCUGCCGUACAAGGGCAAGUUCUACCGAUGGGAAUCUGUCAUCAAUAAAGUCAGCCCUUGUGAACUGCACUGCCGUCCACUGAACGAACACUUUUCUGAAAAGAUGCAGGAUGCCGUCACCGAUGGCACACCAUGCUACGAAGGCAACAAAAGCAGGGAUUUAUGCAUCAAUGGCAUCUGUAAGAACAUAGGCUGUGACUAUGUGAUUGACUCGGGCGCUGUGGAGGAUCGCUGCGGUGUGUGUCAUGGUAAUGGCUCAACCUGCACAACUGUGAAGAAAACAUUUGAGGAGAGUGAAGGAAUUGGUUAUGUUGAUAUCGGACUGAUCCCAGAGGGAGCCAGGGAGAUCCGGAUUGAGGAGGUGGCUGAGGCUGGGAAUUUUUUGGCGCUAAGAAGCGACCACCCCGGGAAAUAUUUUUUAAAUGGUGGUUGGACAAUCCAGUGGAAUGGAGAGUACAAGGCUGCUGGAACUGUGUUUACCUAUCUGAGGGUUGGACACCUGGAAAACCUGACCUCUCCUGGGCCAACGGUUGAACCUCUGUGGAUUCAGCUUCUAUUUCAGGAGAGUAACCCAGGAGUGAGGUAUGAGUACACAGUCAGUCAGACUCUCUCCCAGGACAAGAACUCAACUCUGUCAGCCUUCUACUGGAAACAUGGAUCAUGGAGUGAGUGCAGUGUCACCUGUGGGACAGGUGUUCAGAGGCAGAUUGUACACUGUGUGGAGAAGACCAUAGGGAUAGUGGAGGAGCACUUCUGUGACCCAGAGACACGACCUGAUGACAACCAAACCAGCUGUAACAGGGAUCCGUGUCCAGCCGUAUGGUGGGUUGGAGAGUGGCACAAAUGUUCCGUGAGCUGUGGAGACACAGGUCUGGCUAAAAGGACAGUGCUGUGCAUCCAGGCAAUAAGUGUGGAGGAGCAAAAAGCUCUGCAGCCCAGUGAGUGUGAGCACAUCCCCAAACCUGAGUCAAUAAUCCCCUGCAACACAGGAAUACUCUGCCCAGCGGAAUGGACCAGUGGGGCCUGGUCUAAGUGUUCAGUGACUUGUGGAAGUGGUCUACGCCGCCGGGAUGUGAGCUGCUCAACAAAAGAAGAUUUUGACUGUGACCCCCAGAACAAACCACCGACUACCAGCACCUGCCAGGUCCAAGACUGUCCCGUGGUUGUGGACAAUUUUGGAGGAACCGACUGGUCUGGAAGUGGAUGGCCCAGCAAAGAAGUGUUGAAUGAGAUCAACUCCAUCCCUGAAGCCAAACCCCUGCCCAAAUACAGCACCACCAGAGCCCAGCCCAGCACCCACAAUAACCUGAAUGACAUAGUUGAGGGAGAUUUUCAUUUCCAUAAUAACAUUGAAAAUGGUGAUCAAAGUAAGGUUCAUGUUGAUGAUUUUUAUUAUGACUACAACUUCAUCAAUUUCCAUGAGGACUUGUCAGCUGAUUUUGACAAUGAUGAGAAUGAUUCAGGAGACAGUCACGGUCUUUCAGAGGAGGCAAAUAAAAAUGAAAAUGCUAACAUAGACAUAGUUGGUGCUCCAACAACAACUCCAGCUAUUUCUGCUGCCUACAUGACAAACACUGAGGAGCCCCAGAAUACAAAUCAUGUCAAGGUAGAGCACAGUGGGAACACGGCCACAAAUGAGUCUGUCCAAAGAAACUCUGAAAACUUGGGUGACUUUCUUCAUGAGGAUCUUCUCCUGCCUGUGUCUACCACCCACUCCCCCACGUCGUCAACCACUGGGCAUUCCCCAAAACCGAAGCAGAUACAUGAGAUUGUGCGAUGGCCUGAGAACAGGAGCACGUUGUCUCCUCCGGAGUCAACUACAAAGGAGGCUUCACAGGAUGUGACAUGGGAGCAGUAUUUGGAUGAGACUGAAAAUAGCUACAGAUAUUUUCCUGAGGAAAAUUCCACUGACAAUGUCACGCUGACACCAAACCAUGAUGCUCCUACUCCUAUUUACCAUACAAUUGUUAGUACCAUUGGUGCUUCACCAGUUAAUACUCAGGAGAAAGGCCUGAGUGAUGUCUAUGAUGAGUACAUCUACAACGAUCUAAGUAUGUCAGGUCAGGACGUUUCUGUGGAAGGUACAGAGAGAUUUGUCACUCCGGCAGGAGUCCAGCUGGAGGACACCGCUUCAGAAAUACCUCAGUCGACCCUGUCCACAACUACCUUCAAGUUGGAUUUUAGUUCAGUAUAUGAAGUUAACAAAGGUAGUCCAUGGGGUUCGGACCAUCACCCGAGUGAGACUUCACUAACUUCCACUCAGAAAGCCACUCCUCUCACUUUUCCUUUUCCGGAAAUCUCAGGUAAUCGAGAGACCUCUGAUGGCUCAGUACUAUUGACUGGAACAGAAACCAUACCUCUUACAAACCAGAAGGGGGCAUCUCAGUCAUCCUCAGAUGAUUUACCAUCAGAGAUGGAACAGGUACCGGCUCGAACGUCCAUGAACAUAACAACUGGAACAGACUCUGACUCCAAACCUCAACUUUUUGAUGUGAAUGAAUUUGACUUCAAUGAGAUUCUUCUUCCUCCGGUGGUGAGCAGCACCAGCAACAGUGAGCCUGAUCUUUCUGCCUCAGCAGUCACAACUGAACCUCCCAUGACUCCUGUCAAACUCACAGACCCAUCAGCACCUGCCAUGCUCCCCCAGGCAACUCCUCCAUCUACUCUGAGGACACCUUCUGUUUCAACAACCACCCCAACAUCAACCCCCACACGCUUCAAAAAUGCUGCCUACUGGGUCACGGGCAACUGGAGUGCUUGCUCCACCAGCUGUGGUCUCGGUGCUGUCUGGAGGACACUAACCUGUAGCACUGGCUCAGACUCUGACUGUGAUCCAGCUCAGAGGCCGGUCCCUGCCCAGAGGUGUUACCUACGGCCUUGUUCAACUUGGAAGGUCGGAAAUUGGAGUAAGUGUUCGAGAAAUUGUGAGGGUGGCAAUAAAUCAAGAGAGGUCCAGUGCAUUGACCUUCGGGAUCAAAGGCCACUGCGACCUUUCCACUGCCAGGCCGUGUCCUCCAGGCCGCCGACCCAAAUGUACUGCAACAUCCAACCAUGUCUCGACUGGUACACCUCUUCCUGGGGUCCGUGCUCUGAAGUUUGUGGAGGAGGCGAGCAGCAGCGUAUUGUCACAUGUCUAGAAAAGGAGCGAUGCAACAGUGACCUUCAGCCCAGCACCAUCCAGUCAUGUAACAGCCAGCCGUGUGCCCAGUGGCUCACUGGAUCUUGGGGACAGUGUUCAGCUUCCUGUGGAGGUGGUUUACAAUACAGACUCAUCAAAUGUGUCAACACCAAGGUGGAAAUGGAAGAAGAAGUGGAUCAAGCUUCAUGUGCCCAUGAUCCAAAGCCUGCAAGCAGCCUGAAGUGUAACCUGCAGGAGUGUGACACUGCCUCCACUGGGGCAGUUUGUCUUCGUGACCGCCUGACGUCUCGUUUCUGUCAGACGCUCUUUGUGCUCGGCCGUUGCCGCCUGGCCAAUGUUCGGACGCAGUGUUGCAAGACCUGCAGUCGGCUUUCUCGCCUCAGCACCACCUCCCGCCACUAAGGUGCUACAGAACAACCAGUGACAGGCCUCAUUAGCAGGGAAACUGAAUGCACCACACAGUGAUGAAAUAUACUGUAAAUGAUCAUUUCUAGGUAAAACCCCUCUCUGAGCCUCUUCAGGGCGUCUGCACCGUUGUGUUGGUGGAAUUAUUCUUGAGGGCUGAAAUCAGUUACGUAAACCCACAGAUAGUCUUUCUUCUUGGUAAAUCAUGAGAAUGUAAACGUCCGUUUGCACUUUUUAAAUGUAAUUUCUUGCUGUCAGACUGGCAUUUUAUCUUUCUGCAUAUACUGGGAACAGAUAUGUUACGUUGACAAAGUGACUCCCACCAGUUUAGCCAUACAGUAUAGUAAUCAUCCUUUGAUAAUAUAGGGAAACUACAGCUUCACUGUUUGUAUUGGUACAAUGCUGUCAUUUUGAUGACAGCAGCAAAAACUGGACACAAUGUAACCGAAAAAAAAGAUGUGAAUUUUUCUGGUGCUUUACAGAUGAUGUGGUACAUGUCUGACAAAUCCCAAAAGCCAUUUUUGCAUAAAUGCCUCAUGUGAUGCAAAUAAACUGCCGACUGUUGACCAA